AUGACUACUUUGGGGCAAAAAAUCAAAAGUGUCUCUCUUAUUUUUGCUUGCGGAACGGCCUUGUUCUCUGAUGGUUAUGCCAAUGGAGUGAUUGGUAGCGGUAGCUUCAACUUUUGGUCAUGUAACUUGUAUCAAACCUACCGCGUACCCAUAGUAUUGACGAGGGUGUAUGGAGCGGAGGCACUUUCCCAUCACAACUACAGCAGGACUUUGAGCAGUCUUGGGUUCGCGGGCACAGUUGUAGGAAUGCUGGUUUUUGGCUAUCUAUCUGACAAGAUUGGAAGGAAAUUCGGCAUGAUGAGUGCCACGGGCAUAGUGGCUCUGUUUUCUCUCCUUUCUGCGGCAUCUGCUGGCGCCCAUGGCAGUGUAAACGGCCUUUUAAGCAUGCUUAGCGCUAUGCGCUUUCUCCUUGGCAUUGGGGUUGGAGCAGAAUAUCCCUGUGGUUCAGUAUCAGCCUCUGAGCAGUCUGAAGAACCAGGAAUCAACAAAAAGGCUCAGCACAGAUGGUUUGCCCUAGCAACAAAUUCGAUGAUAGAUUUCGGUUUCGUUGUCGCUGCAUUCGUUCCUCUUGUUCUAUUCUGGAUCUUCGGUAAUGACCACCUUCGCGCAGUCUGGCGCUUAUCACUUGGCUUGGGAGUCAUUCCUGCCCUUGCGGUAUUUAUCUGGCGUCUUAACAUGGAUGAACCAGAACGAUAUAAGAAAGAUUCUAUGAAACACACCCGGAUUCCUUAUCUAUUGAUCCUUCGUCGCUACGGUGGUAGAUUAGCAGCCAUCUCCUUCACUUGGUUCCUUUACGACUUCAUUGUAUAUCCCUUUGGCCUGUAUUCAUCUAUCAUUGUUGACCGUGUAACUGGUGGCUCUUCCAACCUGACUGUUGUAUUUGGAUGGAAUGUGGUUAUCAACCUUUUCUAUAUGCCAGGGACACUUGGUGGUGCUUUCAUUGUAGAUCACCUCGGUGCCAAACGAACGAUGAUAGCUGGCCUUCUUUUACAAGCAGUUAUCGGAUUUAUCAUGAGUGGGCUCUAUGUUCACCUUACCAAUCACAUUGCUGCCUUCGCUGUUGUCUAUGGUAUCUUCUUAUCCUUCGGGGAAGUCGGGCCUGGAAACUGUCUUGGGUUGCUGGCUAGCAAAACUAGUCCAACAGCUAUCCGUGGUCAAUUCUACGGUAUUGCAGCUGCUAUAGGAAAGGUUGGCGCGUUUGUUGGGACGUGGGCAUUCCCACCAAUGAUCGACGCAUUUGGAGGUUCAAACACCACCAGAGGAAACACUGGUCCUUUCUGGGUUGGGAGCGGGAUGGCGAUUCUAAGCGCAAUCAUCACACUUCUCUUCAUCAAACCUCUAACCACGGAUGGUAUGGAGCUUGAGGACCGCAAAUUCCGCGAGUACUUGGAAGCCCAUGGUUACGAUACCUCGACAAUGGGUUUCCCUGGGUCAAACAUCAAGACAGAUUCGUCAUCUUUCGAGGAGAAUGAGAAUAAUGAGAAGAAGGGUAGUGCACAGGUGUGA